UUUAAAUGCUCAGAGUGUGGGAAGGGAUUCAGUUGCAGUAGCCAUCUUCAUGCUCAUCUAAGAACGCACACUGGGGAGAAGCCUUUUGAAUGCUCAGACUGUGGGAAGAGAUUCAGUCAGAGUAGCCAUCUUCAGAAACAUGUAAGAACCCACACAGGGGAGAAGCCUUUUGAAUGCUCAGAGUGUGGGAAAAGAUUCAGUCAGAGUAGCGGUCUUCAAGAACAUCUAAGAACCCACACAGGAGAAAAGCCUUUUGAAUGCUCGGAGUGUAGAAAGAGAUUCUGUCAGAGUAGUGGUCUUCAAAUACAUCUAAGAACCCACACAGGGGACAAGCCUUUUGAAUGCUCGGAGUGUAGAAAGAGUUUCUGUCAGAGUAGUGGUAUUCAAAUACAUCUAAGAACCCAUACAGGGGAAAAGCCAUUUGAAUGCUCAGUGUGUAGAAAGAGAUUCUGUCAGAGUAGUGGUCUUCAAAUACAUCUAAGAACCCACACAGGGGACAAGCCUUUUGAAUGCUCAGAGUGUAGAAAGAGAUUCAGUGAGAAUAGCAGUCUUCAAACUCAUCUAAGAACCCAUACAGGGGAGAAGCCUUUUGAAUGCUCACAGUGUGGGAAGACAUUCAGUCGUAGUGCCUAUCUUCAAGAACAUCUACGAACCCACACAGGGGAAAAGCCUUUUGAAUGCUUGGAGUGUAGAAAGAGAUUCUGUCAGAGAAGCGCUCUUCAAAUGCAUCUAAGAACCCACACAGGGGAGAAGCCGUUUGAAUGCUCAGACUGUGGGAAGAGAUUCAGUCACAGUAGCACUCUUCAAAAACAUCUAAGAACCCACACAGGGGAGAAGCCUUUUGAAUGCUCAGACUGUGGGAAGAGAUUCAGUCACAGUAGCACUCUUCAAAAACAUCUAAGAACCCACACAGGGGAGAAGCCUUUUGAAUGCUCACAAUGUGGGAAGACAUUCAGUCGCGGUGGCCAUCUUCAAGAACAUCUAAGAACCCACACAGGGGAGAAGCCUUUUGAAUGCUCAGAGUGUGGGAAGAGAUUCAGCCACAGUAGCGCUCUUCAAAAUCAUCUAAGAACCCACACG